AUGUGGAAUUCUUUCGUAGGAUUUUUUACUUUAAACAUACUUAUUUUAGGUGAAUCAAUUGAUAACAAACAUAUAAUAACUGAUGUACAGGCAAUCGUCAACAUAGUCGCUGGAACAGCAUCACUUCCACAGGUAUAUGAAGAGACUGUUUACACCCAAAGCAUUUGUCCAAACUGUCAUUCCUCAUAUUGGAGCUUAGUGAAAGACAAAUAUGAAUAUUUGCGCUCGUAUCCACAUUGUCCGCGCUGUGGUCAUAAACUUGAAUUAAAUGAUAUUAUUGAGGAUCACGAUGUAAUUGGUGCUGUAGUCACUUUUAUACAAAAGGGUAAUUUGGCAAAUGCUAAAUUCCAAUUGACACAUAAAGCACUAAAAACGCGAAAUAUAAAACAAGUAAUUCAAAAAGUAGAUAUGGUGAAAUCUGAGUUGUGA